AUUUCAUGUUGUCGCGUAAUUGAACACUUUACACAAAAUCAGCAAAGAACACGGAUGUCGUUGUGGCCAUUGAAAUUGCACCCUAGUAUUUGCGUUAUUGUGCAUUUGCAACCUUACAUUGUAGCUGAAUUGGUAGGGGAGCCAGCACCUGAGACUGAAGGCUUUUACUUUCAACAGACCAUGCUACGUAUCAAAGAUCCUAGAAAGUCGCUACCAUUUUACACUAAAGUUCUUGGAAUGAGGCUUUUGAAGCAGAUGGAUUUCUCCAGUGGUCAAUUUUCGCUCUAUUUUAUGGGGUAUAAGAAGGCCGAUGAAAUACCGUCUGGAGAGAAGGAAAGACAUCAUUAUGCAUUGUCUACCAUGUCUACUAUUGAGCUGACUCAUAACUGGGGAACUGAGAACCAGCCCGAUUUCAGCUACCAUAAUGGCAACAAAGAACCCAGGGGAUACGGCCACAUCGGCAUUGUUGUGCCAGACGUAGAAAAAGCGUGCGAGCGUUUCGAAAAGAUGGGGGUUCAAUUCAUCAAGAAACCUCAGGACGGAAGUAUGAAAGGCCUUGCGUUUAUCCAGGAUCCUGACGGAUAUUGGAUCGAGAUUUUUAACCCGAAGAAUGUUGCCUAA